AUGGUGGUCCAGGCCCACUGCUGGCACUCCCUGGGCACCCAGCUUGGGCUCCUCCGGCAAGACCUUCUGGUAACCGAGGCAGAGACGCAGGCAGGCGCGGUGCCCCAGGCCUCCUCAUCGCUGGACGCCUCGGGCCGGCCUUGGCCUCCGGGCAUCUGCGGGGAGUGGGGAGCAGAGCAUACACAGGGAAACACCCCCAGGUCCAGGAUCCCCGGGAAGCGAGGGGUCAGCAGGGCCCGAGCAGGACGCGGUGGGGGUGCGGGGCAGCCUGGGGCACCAGGCUUGGCCUCGGCGGGCGGACCGCAGCUGCAGCUUCGGCUCCCGGGGGCGGCCCCGCAGUCCCCCCCGCAGCGCCCUCCGGCCUGGGACGCGGGCUCGGGGCGCCCGACACCGGGGUGCAGGGCCGGCCUGGGCCGGGGGCUGCGCGGGGGCUCCACCUGCCGGCCGCCGGCGGUACUGCACCGAGAGCCGCCGCCCGCGCCCGCGGAGCCUGGGGGGACCUGCCUGCGGGCCCUCAGGCUCCCCGAGGGGCUGGGGACCGUCCUCUCGCGGCAGCUCGGUCCUGCGCCCCCUCCAAGUCCGAGCGCGAUCGGCAAGUACACGAUCCGCGUGGGCACCGGGGUGCUGCUGGCGUUUUCCUGCAACCAGGUGCAGCUGUGGCUGGUGGGCGAGCACGGGGAGGCCGACCUGGGGAAGCAGCUGCGGCCGCUGCGCCGCGAGACGGAGUUCAAAGUCCGCGUCCGGGUCCACCUGGGGCGCCUGCUGCUGGUGAGGCUGCGCAAGCACAAAGACCUGAGAGACUCGGACUGGUUCUGCACUUGCAUUUCCGUGCGCGGCUCCGGAACCCAGGGCGACGCCCUUUUCCCCUGCUACAGCUGGGUGCAGGGCAACCGGGUCGUCUCCCUGGCCGAGGGCACCGCCCGGACCGUGAGCAACGACCAGAGCUUGUUGAAGACGCACCGGGAACAGGAACUCCAGGAAAGGAAGACGGCGUACCGGUGGGGCUCCUGGAAAGAUGGGUUAAUCCUGCCUGUUGUGGGGAGAACGCCGCCGUGGGACCUUCCCAGGAAUGAGAGAUUCCGCCAGGAUAAGGAUCUCGACUUCUCCUUCUCGCUGGCAAGAGCGCUGGAGGGCUUGGUGCUCAAGGGGGCACUGGACCUCACCAAUCCAGUUAGAAGACUGGAGGAUUUCCAAAGACUGUUCCCACGCGGGAAGACCCCGCUGGCUGAGCGGGUUUGAAAUUCCUGGAAGGAUGACAUGCUCUUUGGGUACCAGUUCCUCAACGGUGCAAACCCCAUGCUCCUGAGGCGGUCGGCCAGCCUCCCAGCACCGCUGGUGCUGCCUCCAGGGACGGAGGACUUGAAGAUGCAGCUACAGAAAGAGCUCCAGGCUGGGUCUCUGUUCGAAGCCGAUUUCUCCCUGCUGGAAGGGGUCAAGCCUAAUGUUAUCAUCUUAAAACAACAAUACGUGAUGGCCCCUCUGGUCAUGCUGAGGCUCCAGCCUGACUGGCGACUCCUACCCAUGGUCAUCCAGCUGCAGCCUCCUCAUCCCGGAUGCCCCCCACCCAUGCUGUUCCUGCCCUCCGACCCCCCUAUGGCCUGGCUGCUGGCCAAGACCGGGGUCCGGAGCUCUGACUUCCAGCUGCACCAGCUCCAGUCCCACCUCCUGCGGGGACACCUGAUGGCGGAGGUUAUUUCUGUGGCCACCAUGCGGACCCUGCCCAGCCUGCGUCCCAUCUACAAGCUCCUGGUCCCCCACUUCCGCUACACCAUGGAGAUCAACGUCCUGGCCCAGAGUAACCUUGUCCCCAAAUGGGGAAUUUUUGAUCUGGUGGUGAGCACGGGCAGUGGGCAUGUGGACAUUCUCCAGAGAGCUACGGCUUGCCUGACCUACCGUUCCCUCUGCUCCCCUGACGAUCCAGCUGACCGCGGGCUCUUGGAUGUGAAGGCAUCUCUCUACGGCCAAGAUGCCCUCAGACUGUGGGGGAUCAUCAGCCGGUAUGUGGAGGGGAUGGUCGGUCUUUUCUACAAGAGUGAUGCGGCCGUGAGGGAUGACCCCGAGCUACAGGCUUGGUGCAGAGAGGUCACCGAGACCGGGCUGCAGGGCACCCAGGACGGGGGUAAGUUCCCCGUCUCCUUAGAAUCCCGGGCUCAGCUCUGCCACUUUGCCUCCAUGUGCAUCUUUACCUGCACGGGUCAGCAUGCUUCUGCCCACCUGGGCCAGCUGGACUGGUAUGCCUGGAUCCCCAAUGGCCCGUGCACCAUGCGGAAGCCCCCACCCACCUCCAAGGACAUGACAGAGAAGGAUAUAGUGGACUCACUGCCCACUGCCCACCAAGCCCGCAUGCAGAAGACCUUCACAAAGUUCCUCGGCAGACGCCAGCCCGUCAUGGUGGCCUUGGGGCAGCACAAGGAGAAAUAUUUCUCAGGCCCUGGCCCCCAGGCUGUGCUGGAGAAAUUCCAGGAGGAGCUGGCUGCCAUGGACCAGGAGCUGGAGGUCCGCAAUGCAGGCCUGGAGCUGCCCUAUGAGUACUUUUGACCCAGCAUGGUAGAGAACAGUGUCACCAUCUGA